AUGGCGAGGCUGGAUCGGCUUUUUGGAUCAGGAUUGAGGUUUGAGUUAGUGGGAAGAAGUAGAGAGGGCAACCGAGACGGCAGUGGUGAGAGUUGUGGUGAAAGCAAUGAGGAGACAAGCGAUGAGAGCACCGGAGAGAGCAGCAGUGGGAAUGGAGAAGGGACUCGAUCUAUUAUCUUCCAAACAACCAAUCAUGAACGUACUCUACAAGACAGAGGCCGAAAACAUGCGAAACCUGACGAGGAAGAACCGGACACUGUGAGCCGUCGAGGUCCCUGGGAAUGUGGAUCCAUGAGCAACAGAACCAGAAACUCCCGGAACUGUGAGAAUCGAGUCGAACCACAGCGUCAAAACCUGUCUAUGUCGCAGGGACCCCGAGGAUUCAUGGCAUUGAGAGGAAUGUCAGCCGCAUCAGCCAUCAACCGGCACAACACUUCAUCGACAGCAUAUCGAACAAAUACUUCAAACAGCAUCCUUAGCAACCGACACGACGCCUAUUCAACAGGCUCCUACACUGCAGCCGGCGAAGAACUCAGCGAUGCAGAGCUACAAGCCGCCAUAAACGAGUUUGCAGGCGGGAAAUAUCGUAAUAAGGAGGAAGAAGCUAUACAGCGCAAACAGGGGAUCCCAACGUAUGAAGAGGCGUGCAGGAUGGAGAUUUAUCAGGCGCCUAUGGGGAGGAGGUAG